AUGAUCAAUGAAUUCAGGUUCAACAAUCCAACUACUGGUGAAACAGCGUUGUUGGAUGUGUAUGUAAAUGUGGAUUGUGAUGAAUACCAUGUUGGCCAAACUCUCACUCGACCCAAAACAGUGACACCUGUUUGGAACGAGGACUAUGAGACAGAGGUUCAUAAUGGACGAGUGCUUGGUUUUACCGUAUUCCAUGACUGUGCGUUACCUCCGGAUGAUUUCGUUGCGAAUUGUCGUGUUCUGUUCGAAGAUCUUAAGAUCUCUUCAAAUAACGAUAUUUGGGUUUGUCUUCAGCUAUCUAAAGUUGUUGAUUCAUCGUGA